AUGUUGAUACGGUCUUGGGCAGUAACUGUUGUGGUCCAAUAUAUUUUCUUGAUAUCGUUUACAACUGGAACAUUUCGUGAACAGAGUGUAGCCGUGAAAGGCAUCGUCAGUUGUCGCGGUAUUCGUCAGCCUGGAGCGUUUGUGCAGCUUUACGACGAAGAUGCAGCACCUUUAUUUGACGAUGACGAUCUACUCGGUUCCGUUACUGCUGACGAUCGCGGUGUGUUUUGCGUUCGAGGCUAUACUACAGAGGUUACCGACAUCGAUCCGUACAUAUAUAUCGAACACAACUGUGGUUAUGAAGGUCUCGAUCAGAAGCACUUUUUCGCUCACGAAAUUCCCGCCGAAUUUGUGGUAGAAGGCAAUUACUCGAAAAAGAUCUAUCACAUGGGGGAUAUUGAACUGCUCACAAGAGACGCCCCUGUCCAACACUACGAACGACGCACGCCUGUAUACGAUCACCGCCAGUUUACUAAACUCACACUUCAUCAGCAAAUUAUACACUGCAUUCCACUUUACGUCGCCUAUAAAGAUUACUAUGAGCGAGUGAGUUUUUUUGCGAAAAAUUGCGACACUUCGUUCUCUCGACUCACUUCCAAUAGUAAUUGUGUGAAUACAAUUGAAAGAUUAGACAUACUACUUGACUAUCAAAAUGGGAAUUCAUUAUACAAUGCUUGGUAA